ACAAUGAACGAGACACAGACAGUGAGGCAACAUGGUCCGAAGCCUGCUGGCAGGCCUGUAUUGCAAUACAGUUCAUUCGUUGUACAUUAUGUUUACGCCGAAUGUGAUUGUUCUGACAGGUUAUACGUGAAGGCGGUGUUUGCUGGAUACAAACGUUCGCAGCGCAACCAACACGAGCACACGGCGCUCCUCAAACUGGACGGCGUCUAUAACAAGAAGGAUGCUCAGUGGUACGUUGGCAAAAGAGCCGUAUAUGUGUAUAAGGCACAUAGUUCAAGCAAGAUUCCCGGGAAGACGCCGAGUCGUGCACGCGCCAUUUGGGGAAGGAUAACACGAGUGCACGGCAAUGGUGGCAUGGUGAAAGCGAAAUUUCGACGAAAUCUCCCGCCGAGUGCUAUGGGCAAACGCAUCCGUGUAAUGCUCUAUCCGUCGAAUAUCUGA